AUGGCCUUCACUCUUGAUACAGCCAGGGAAGCAGAUGCUCCUCGCAUCGCCGAUAUUCACAUGGCGGCAUUUCACACCAAUGGUAUGUUGCUGGCCCAGUUUCCCACGCCGGCCGUGAGAAAGGGGCUCUGGACGUCGCUAGUCAACAAAGCCAUCAAAGAGAUUCGAGAUCCGCAAUGGGAGGUACUAGUGGUUAGAGAGGAUCAUGGUCUAGUUGUCAGUUUUGCCAAAUGGUGUCUUCCUGUUUCCGAAUCGACGCUAUAUGAAGAAGAGCCAUGGCUAUGGCCUGAAGGCACCAAUAUGGCUAUUUUGACAGCUUGGACAGAGAAGGUCGAGCAGGCAGCGGACGAAAUAAUGGGAAGAACACCAUGCUAUCGCCUUAGCUUUAUUGCGACUGACCCAUCUUAUGCCCGGCGUGGAGCAGGGUCCCUGUUGGUCAACUGGGGAAUUGAACGCAGCAAGAAAGAGAAUCUUCCUAUUGCCUUGGAAAGCACACUGGACGCUGUACCAUUCUACCAGAGGCUUGGAUUUCAAGCAGAAGCCCAUAUCUCCAUGCCACUGGAAGGCAUCGUCAAGGAUGGUGAAUCCGUACUGUACGAGGAAGAAUGUCUUGUAUACAGACCUAAGACCUAG